CUUUCUUCUCUCUCAGCUCCAAACCGCCUCCAUCGCUCCCCACCAGCAGCGGACUGAGCAGGCCCCUCACAGCCGCUACACGGUGCCCCCUAGCCGGGCUCAUUCCAGCCGCACACCCCGGCAGGUGAGACUGCUGCUGGUUCCCCGGACACCAGCGGGGCCCUCCUGACCCCCCCUGUGGGAGCCAGAUCCACGGAGCGCCCCACGGCUGCGAACCGGAGCUGUGAUGAAACCAUAAACAGAGUGCGACACGCACGCACACACGCAUGCAGACACAGCAUAAACGGGGCCGUGGGAUCGCGCUUGAACUUGGCCGUUUGGCCCCCUCUGCGUGAGAGCCGGGGGGCCGCGGAAGCAUCGGGGCUCCGCUGCGCUUUUUGGGGAGGUUAUUGUCUGUGGAGGCUGACGCGCUCUUCGCAGCGGCCCCUGCGCUGUCAGACGAGGAAGUGAGGCUUCAUACACGCCCAUCGGAGCAGCUGAGAGCCGUUCAUCAGAUAACAGCCGUGGACUUUAUCAACAUGCGCUCACUUUCUGAUGGAGAGCUCCGGGAAUAAGCUGGGCCACGUUUCCUGCAGUUUGUUUCAGUGUUGAAUGAUGGACAAGGAGCCAAUACAGCAGAGCCAAUCAGAAAAGGCUGCCAAUGGCUCCGCCCCCUCCACCCCUACAACCCCCACCCCGCCACGGCUCAUCCCCAACCCCAUGCUCCUGGACUCCCCUGCGCCCACUCUAACUCCCACCACCUCCUCCCCUCCUCCCCCCCUCACCCCUGCUCCCUCUGUCUCCUCGGCCCACGGACCGAAGGCGGCGGCGUCGGGCGGGGCUCUGUCCCCUCACAUCCUCGUCUCAGCUCCACCUAAACUCACCUCCACGGCGGCCCCCGCUCUGCGGACGUACUCCCGCCCCAUCCUUCCCUCCCCAGCCAACAAGGCUUCUCCUUCCACACAGUCCUCCUCCUCCUCUUCUUGCUCUGCUGUCACUGUGACCGCAGCUUCCUCCCUAUCCUCCUCCUCUUCAUCGGGCGUGACGGCCAGCAUCACCACGACUUCCACCAAGACCUCCACUAGCCUCACCAAUGGGAGCACCAGACCUGGGCCCACCUCCACGGCCAUUACACCGUUUCACACCCCGGCCAGCCCACCUGGCCGACAGGCACAACAGGCAAAUCCUGCGGGUACACCUGGUCUUGUGCGAGCCAAUCAGGGCCCCUCACCUGUCAGGCAGAGGGUAUCCCAGCAGGCUUUGCUCCUGGGGAAAGGUCUCAAAGGGUCUGGCCAAGACCAGGUUCUGCUGAGAGCAAAGAUGCUCAUUCUUACGUCUGCUAUGCGACCUGCACAGUCUCCUUCUUCCUCCUCCUCUUCCUCCUCCGUCCCUUCCUCUAACCCCGCCUCUGCUCAGCUGCAGAGUCUCACCUUGAGGCCUCCUCCCCCCGGGACCCUCACUAUUCCCCCUUCUCUCAGGCUAAAGCCUCCCUCCUCGGCCCCGCCGCCCCUCUCCCGGCCCAACGCCCCUGUGUUCCCGCCCCUCAGGCCACGACCGCAGCCCAGCACCACGACGACGGAGAGCCAGACCACGCCCAGCCGCCACCUUCCUGUCCCGCCUCCAACUCUCUACUCUCCAGUCCGAGCCGUCCCGCUGAGACCCAGGCUUCACUCUCCCAGCAGUCACCGAGCAACAACCCCUCGGCAUUCCCAAGCCCUCCAACCCAUCUCUGCAGCUCCAUCCAGUCAGACAGUGUCCGUCAGCAAGCCGCUGACCGGGCUGAAGAGCGCUCCAUCAACGCCAACCGUUCUGGCUCCAUCCCCGUCCCAAAACAGCCUGGGAUCUUCUUCCAACCACUUUGAGCGCUCACCGUCUGCAGCUAGGCAGCUCCAGAUGAUCGCCCUGUCAUCUGGUCAGCAGUCACAGGCGGGCACAUAUGCCCACACUGUGGUGCCGUCCAAACCUGCUGAGCUGGUUGAGCUUUCCAGCCAAUCAAAGAGGACUGGAAACAAGGAAGACUUGGGUCGUAUUCCUUUAAAAUCCCCUCCUUUAGCCUCUGCUCCAUCUCACUCACAGACUCUGAACAAGAAGAGAGAGCCAAAGGAGACUGAGGAGCAAGGAGACUCCAGCCGAGGAGCUAAACCCGGAGUCAGAGAUGAACAGAGUGUCAGUAAAGACUUCCUGGGGGAGCAAGAUGUCCACAUAGAGAAGGUGAAGCAAGAUAAACUAGCUAAGAUGGAGCCAGACCCUGAAUCAGAGAGAGAUAAGGAUCCGAUGGAGAUAACAGAGGAAGAGGAGAAAGACAAAGAGAGGAGAGGAAAGAAAAGGAAGCUGGAGGAGGAGGAAGGAGACGCUGCCAUGGAUACAUCUGACAGCCUGGUUGCUCGGCCUCUACAUCAGAACCAGAACACAGAACCACUUUCAGCUCCUGAUACCGUUAAAGACGCAAACAUUGAAUCAAAACCUAAGCUGGAUCUCUCUCCAAUCCCAGUUAAAGCUCCUCUAAAAGGACUAGUUUCAGUCAAAACUCCAGUUACAGAACCCACUCCAGUUGGAACACCAGGCCAAGCUCCUAUCAAACCCUCUGUAAAAGGACCAGUUUCCACUAGAACUCAAGCUACUGGACCAGUUCCAGUACAAACAGCUGUAACAGGACCGGUUUCAGCCAAAACACCAGUAACAGGACCAGCAACAGUCAGUACCCCAAUAAAAGGACCAGCUUCGACAAGAAUUCAAGUAACAGGACCAGUUUCAAUCAAAACACCACUGACCGGACCAGCAUCAGGUAAUACCACAGUAAAAGGAACAGCUCCAACCCAGUCCCCAGUGACAGAAUCCGUUCCAGUUGCAACACCAGUAGCAGCACCUGCUCCAGUUGAAUCACCAGUAACAGUACCAGUUCCUUUAAAAACUUCAUUGAAAGGAGCAGUACCGACUAAAGCUCAAGUUACAGGAACAGCUCCAGUCCAAACACCAGUAAAAGGACCAGCACCAGUUCAUCCACCAAUAAAAGGACCAGCACCAGUUCAUCCACCAAUAAAAGGACCAGCACCAGUUCAUCCACCAAUAAAAGGACCAGCACCAGUUCAUCCACCAAUAAAAGGACCAGCCUCAACCAAAACUCCAGUAGCAUUUCCUGACCAAACACCAGUAACAGGACCAGCUCCUAUUAAGACUCCUUUAAUAGAACUGGUUUCAACCCAAACACAAACAAAAGGACUAGUUCUGAGCCAUAAACCCGUAAUAGGACCGAUUUUGGUCCAACCACCGGCAACAGAACCAGUUCCUGAGAACUCGGCCCAAAGUCAGAGGCUUUCAGAACCUCAGCGGGACCUUCAGCUCAGCCAGGAGGACUUCUGUGAGAACAUGUCAACUCAGUCCGACAACCAGUCAGCAUUGUCCAGCCUUUCUUCCCAGUCUCCUCCCUCCUCCCCCUUCAUCGUCACCUCGUCAGAAAACCCUCCCCCCCUGCUCCCCGCUCAGGUCACCACCCCAACUGAUCUCAGCCUAACUCAUCACGGGGCGGCGAAGGCUGACAAAACACCAUCAGAUUCCCAUCACGCACCUGAAGCUGAAUCUGAACCUAACUACCAAUCAGAAGAGGAGUCUGAGAGCUUCAGCCAAUCUCUGGGCGGCCCCUGGGAAAUGAAGGCGUGGCCUGAGGGACGACAGGUUCUUACUCACCUGGUGGAGGGAUUUGUCAUUCAGGAGGGUCUCCAACCGUUUCCUGUGAACCGUUCCUCCCUGCUGGUUCCAGAGCAGGCCCCCAAACAGGAAGUGAACGGGACCAAUGGAAGAGAGGCGCUGCCAGCAGUAGAGCCCAUAAAGCAGACGGAGCCCUCCACUGAUUCAGAGGAAGAGGACGCCGGUGAUGCGGAGUCAGGCCACAGAGAUCGGACGGUGCUGCAUUGUCAGUUCUGUGGGAAACGAGGCCACGCUCACAACUUCAUGCGGUCCAAACGCUUCUGCUCCACUUCCUGUGCCCGCGGGUUCAACGUCCGGCUGACAAAGCGCCUGAGGGCCCUGAGUGCAGGCAGCCGAUCCGAGAGGCCCCGUCCCACUCUGAACCGGGCGGAGUCGGUACCUGGGAAACCACUGCUGCUGCGCUUGCCUCGGGACCUUUGGAGCGCCGGGCGGCGCGAGAAGGACGGGAAAGAGAAGCCAGCGACUGCGGCAGUAGUGGAGCAGAAGGAUGAGGAGGAAGACACAGACACGCAGGAGUCUCCACAUGUCUUUGGGGAGGCGGAGGAAGACGAUGAUGAUGGAGGGGAGGAGGAUCCUGCUGUUGCCAUGGUAGCCAGGAUGGAGAGGCGAGCAGCCCGGAGAGCGAGGAGGGCGUCUGCCCCCGCCGUCUCGGCGUCGACGCACACCACCACGUUACGCCCCGCCCCGUCCCAGUGGAGCGUGGAGGAGGUGACGGCCUUCAUCCACACGCUGCCGGGGUGCGGUGACGUGGCCGAGGCCUUCAGGAUGCAGGAAAUCGACGGGCAGGCUCUGCUGCUGCUAACUGAGGACCACCUGAUGACCAGCAUGAACAUUAAGCUGGGCCCUGCCCUCAAGAUCUGCGCUCACAUCAACGCUCUGAAAAACCAGUGAAAAGAGACAGAGCCAAACCUGGAGAAGGGAGAACUUCAGAGGGCAAUAAACAAGAGAGAAAAUCUUUGGUUACAACAGGUCGGAAGCUGACACCAAGGAUGACAGAAAAAAGUCACAAAAAGAGGAAAAUGUCGGUAAUUUAUAAUUUAUGACGUUCUAAUAAAGGCAUGGCCUUAUGGGAGCAGAACGAGCAGAAACUCAUCUGUCUGCAGCUGAGUGUAGCAGGAAACACAGAGAGCUUUUGUACCUUUCUGUAUAUUUUACAUGCCACUGGAGAGUGUACAUUUCAAGCUAUUUCAUGAAGGAUUUUCAACAUUUAAUAUAUGAAAUUUGUCUAUUUAGUUUUUUUAGAGUGUGACGUCGAUGACAAAUCUAUCCCCGUAGCUAACAUAACCAGUGUGUGGGAGUGUGGCUGUGUGAAUGUUAAAAGGAGGAAGAAAAGGAAGAUAGAGAUCUGUAGAUUUUGUGUGAUUCAUUAAAGUUUCAUGUUUUCUAUCAACAUAUUCUGGACAAAAUACGUCUAUCGGUUGAAAAGAGAGAACAGUGGCUAUCAGGGUAGAGAGCGGUGUCUUCAGUCGUCACAUUUUUAUGAUAUCCUGCUUGAAAUUAUUUAAUAAAUGAAGAAUUAAUCAAAUAGAA